AUGUCAGCACAUCCGUAUCGCAUGAAAGCCGUAGGUGGAGGGUCAGCUCCAUACCCUACAGACAACGGAGUUGGAAGCUCAAUUCCGCUCCCAGGUGACAAACAAGCCCUUAAUCACAGCCACUUUGAAGGACAAUUUGGUGGGGCACGGGCCUCAAAGCAAGACGAAUACGACACUUCCACAGAUGAAAGCAGAAACUCUGCGUCUGAAUAUAGUAAUGGGGACCAAACGGGCCAUAUCAUGCCUGGAAAUGGAUUUGGUGACCAGGGUGUACAUGGAUUUGGCAGUAGCCGAAUGGGCAACGGGUUUGGGGGCCAACAGCUGGCUGAUGGGAUGAAUGGUGGUGGUGGAGUUGGUGGAGUUGGAAAUGGAUUUGGACUCCAAGGACCUAACUUUAGCCAUAAACAACAAGCAUCAGUUGGAUCUAUUGGUUCGGGUACAGGUACAGGUUCAAGUUCUGGCUCUGCCUCUGGAUCACAGUCUACUGACGUUAGAGACGUCUACGAAAGGUCUCCACCUCCUAUCUUUUCCAAGAACAAGUCACCUCCCUACAACUCCCGGUCUGUAAAUUCGUCGAUAACGAACUUGAGAAUUAACCAGCAACAGCAACCGCAGGGACAGCUACAACACGACUCUCCGGGCCAAGGGCCCUCUGGCUCUAGAUUCGAAUUGACUUCGAAAUCUGAAUCAAACAUACCACAGCAACGUUCCACUUACACCCACCAACGACAAGUAUCUCUGAACUCAUCCUUCAUUGAUAGGACGGACACUGCUAGCAUGGCAGAUAACUCCCAUAACAUUAUUCAGCAAUACCUUGGACUGAAUCUGCAUAGAGCCGUUCCCAGAAUUAAGACUUUGGAGUUGUACAGACAGAACGCCAAGAAGUCCGACGACCCAUUGGUUUUGUUUGAGUACGCUCAAUAUAUGUUACAGACUGCAUUGAUGAUGGAAAAUGGUGAGGUUUCUUUAGGAGGAUCCAAAAAUAAUUCUCCGGGUAGUUCUUUGGAAAACUCUCCAUUGAGAAGCAAGAAGAAUAAGAGCAGACCUGCUUCUGCUGGUUCGUUCGAUAGAUUGAUGAAAAACCAUAAAAAGUCACCUAGUAAUUCGAACUUGUCAGUCUCCGACGAAGAAACCAUUGCAUUAAACGACAUGAAAUUGAAAAAGGAGCUCUUAAACGAAGCUUUACUUUAUCUUCGUAAGUUAUCAGAUAAAGGUUACGUCGAUGCUCAAUAUUUACUAGCAGAUGCACAUUCACUGGGCGCAUUAGGAAAAGUUGAGAACCGUUAUUCAUUUUCUUUAUUUCAAUCUGCUGCUAAGCAUGGCCAUGUAGAAAGUGCGUACAGAACCUCCUAUUGUUACGAGGAAGGUUUGGGUACUGGAAGAGACGCAAGGAAGGCUCUUGAGUACUUAAAAAUGGCUGCACUGAAAAAUCACCCUGCUGCAAUGUACAAGUUAGGAGUAUAUUCAUUUUAUAACAGAAUGGGGCUCGGCAACGAUGUUAAUACGAAAAAGAUGGGGAUUAAAUGGCUUACAAGAGCCUCUAACAUAGCGACCGAAUUAACCGCUGCAGCGCCCUUUGAAUUAGGAAAAAUCUAUUUUACUGGAUUUUUGGAUAUCUUGAUUAAAGAUGAAAAAUAUGCAUUGGAAUUAUACAGCAAGGCUGCUGCAUUGGGACACAUUGAACUGGCCAAAAUCUUAGGCCAGUACUAUGAAGUUGGCGAUAUUCUACCACAAGAUUCCAACUUGUCAAUACACUACUAUACACAGGCUGCGUUAGGUGGAGACGCUGAGGCUAUGUUGGCUAUGUGUGCAUGGUACUUGGUUGGAAGUGAACCAUUUUUACCCAAAGACGAACUGGAAGCAUUUGAAUGGGCAUUAAGAUCAGCAAAUGCCAAUUUUGUCAAGGCACAAUACGCAUUAGGUAACUUCUUUGAGAAGGGAGUUGGCUGUGAAAAAAAUGUGAAAGAACUGCAAGAAUGGUACAAGAAGGCAGCAGAGAAUGGAGAUGAGAAGUCUUUAGCACGAAUUCUCGAUAAGGACUGGGUAACAAAGUAUAACAAGAACAGAAAGAAAAAUAAGAAGAUUACCAAAACUGGUGCACCACCACCACCUACUGCCCCAUCAAUCCCAUCUGAUGGAAAUAAGUCAAAGGUUAAAAGUAAUGCAGCAGAGGAAAAAGAGUGCGUGAUUAUGUAA